GAAGUGGCACAUGACGUAACUUCCUAAACCCACAGUAACGUUAGCUUGUUUGGUUCUCGACUAGCUCAUUAUUUCGUACAUGCGUGUCUAUUUAAUAAUUUAACAGACCUGGCCCUGACGAACCAACCGGUGCCCAUUUUAUCCUGGUGGUCUGGGAUGUAUGAAUGGAUAGUUGACAGCAUAUCGUCGUUUUUCGGACAUCAUACUGAGCAAAGGUGUACGAGUUGGCCUAGGAACAAUAACCUGCAGUUGCCAACAGUAGGGACUCUUAACGGGCAGUCACAAGAGAACCUCUCCAGACCGGCUAAACGGAAUUACCAAAGUAUCCACUCACCCGAUGGUAGAACUGAACACUUGGAGGUCAAAAGGCCCAAAAGAGAUGUAGUGGUCAGCGUUGUCAGGAAAACGGUGGCAGGAGUUGCUGGUCUGCUUCGUUUGCAAAACCCAUUUGCGAACGCUCAUUCUAAGGAGAAAACGGCUUGUGUUCCUAAUGAGGUCAGCUUGGAGGAGGUGGGAGUCGAUGAGAUCUCAAACAACACUUUUAACUCCUUGAUCAGUAAUAUGGAAGUAAAGAGGGAAAAACCCAUGGAGAGGGCGUUGCUGCAUUUUCAUCAAAGCUCUCAGCCUUCAACCAGGAAGCACAAUGGAACGGCGCUCUACCCAGGAAAUUCGGAGAAGACCAGACUUAGGCACCAGCGGCAGUCCCUGCAGCUCCUCCCCCGGCCUGAUCCACGAGGGACCGCCACGUCCGACACGGAGCCCCCUCUCCUGGCCUUGCCACCCCAGAGUCAUAAACCUCAGCUCGCGGUGGAGGAGGCUUUGAAAGAAAGUGACCGGGAGCACUACAAGCUCCUGGUGGAGAUGGUCUCGGAGAAGUACACCAACAACAAGCCGCUGCCUUGUGGUCGUGUGAAGCCAUUCAUAACGCCUCUCCCAUUGGACAUGCACAAAUCGGCCAUCUUCAGCAAGACUUGUAACACAAGCACGUCCAGGCCUGGGCCAAUGAAAGCGAACUUGAGUGCGUCGGUUUGGAGGGAUGGCUCCUCGGCGAGGCAAACUAAAGACAGAUGGUGUGAUUGUCUGGUCGGGUGCAAAAGUUCAGAGAAUGGGAGAGUGGACGGCAGGACGGCCAUGAAAGAAAAAUGGCCUGUUUGCUCGCUGACCGAAGACGCGCGGGUCAGGCACAGAGACAGGCCGCCAAACUCUGCGUCAUUGCAUUUGGCUGCGCAGACACACAAACCUGCAGCACGGCUGCCAUCUCAGACCGCGCCGUUCCCUCCUCAUCAGACGCAGUCCGCUGACCUGGACCUCUCCUCCGACAUCGCGGCCCGUUUGAAUCUGGGGGACCACGCGGCGGUCCCCUCCCUCUUCGCAGUGCACCCCAGGAAAGCGGCGGCCGACGGCGGUGUCCGGCAGGAGUUCCCCGUGCUGACAAAGGAGAUGCUGCAGGAGGUGAGCCAGGCGCUGGGUCAGAAGGAUCCGAACCUGGUUCUGAGCAGCGCGUUCAAGCUGCGGAUCACCCAGAGGGACCUGGCCACGCUGCGGGACAGCAGCUGGCUGAACGACGAGGUGAUAAAUUUUUACCUGAACUUGGUGAUGUCCCGCAGCGAGCAGGGUGGGGGCAGGAAGGUGUACGCCUUCAGCACCUUCUUCUUCCCCAAACUGCGAGGGGGGGGUCACGCCGCUGUCCGCCGCUGGACCAAGGCGGUGGACCUCUUCCUCUACGACCUCAUCCUGGCGCCUCUGCACCUCGGAGUGCACUGGUCUCUUGCAGUGAUUGACCUCAAAGCAAAGUCUGUGAAGUAUUAUGACUCUAUGGGCCAAAGGCACGACCACAUCUGCAGCCUUUUACUACGUUAUCUGAAAGAUGAAUACAUGGCCAAAAAGGGCAAAGGCCUGGAAGUCUCCAAGUGGGUAGUAUCCAGCCUAAAGUCCAGCGAGAUCCCUCAGCAGAACAACGGCAGCGACUGCGGAGUGUUCACCUGUAAAUACGCCGACUACAUCGCCCGCGGACAGCCUCUCACUUUCACACAGUCCAACAUGCCAUACUUCCGGAACAAAAUGAUCUGGGAGAUCCUAAACCAGCGGCUGUUGUAGGAGGGUACAUCAGCACAUCGGUGUUUUCCCCUGGCGGUGAUCAGCGACGCCAUGACCCAAAACACAGAGAGACGGCGCGACCAAAACACAGAGACGGCAAGACAAAGCUGCCCCAUGUAUUGCCCCCAAUCGCACAAUACGUGUUUUCCUCAACACGUGGGAAAUGAUAAGCUAUUGUUAAUUUAUUUAAAACUAGAUUUGUUAAAGCUGCUUUCAUGCAUUGUUUUGUUUUUGUUGAAAACAUUAAAUCUUCAUUUGAGUGUUCAGAGAAGGGUCAUUUGCCUGGAAAUAAGACGCCGGUAUACUUAUUGUCAGCUUUGGCUUUUGUGCACUACAUUAAAUGGAUAAGUGCAUUAAUUUAUUUGUUAAAACUCCACAAAGAUAUGAAAUACAAUUGUUAUUCUAUUGCUUCAUUUUAUGACCUUGUGGUACUUCAUUAAUGUAUUCCCAAAUCCUUGAAUUAGGAAAUUUGGUCUUAUUUUUGUUGAGUGUGACCGAGUGCCUAUGCACAGACAUGGGUUUAUGUGCCUUAACUGAACAGAUGAUGAACAUGCAAGAUUGAGGGUGGGGGGGGGGGGGGGCUGGCGGUUUAAUUAUUUUAUCAUUUAUGACAUACUUCUGUGAUGUAGGCACUGAUCUUUGCCCAAUUAGUCAUGUUUCCAUUUUGAUUUCGGAUGAAUUGAAUCAUACGUUUUCUGUGCAGCUGCUGCCUGUAUGAACUCGUGAGAAAUGCUCUUUCGUGAUCUGCCAUUUCUUUCCACCAUGUUUGUGAAGGGCUGCCCCUGUCUUUCUUCUGGUGUGAAUGUUUUUUUUUGUUUUUGUUUGAGGCAUUUCCUGAACUGGAUCUGGAUGGUGUUUAGCUUCUAGCAUUGUAUGAUAAAAAGAAAGCUUAACGUGACAAAGUUAGAUGUUAGGAGAGUUAUUUUCCAUGCUAGGUGAUUCCUCAGAAUUCAGCAUCAAUAGGGCCAAGCUUUUUUUUUUAAAACGUUUUAUUCUUAAAUAUUACAUAUUUAUUUGAAAGUGAUGAAAUUAUUUUUCUUUUGCACAAAUCUGUUUAUACUCCGAGUGUAUUUUCUAUUUGGACUUCCAUUAAAAUCUCUGAGCACGGCGAACUCUGAAUGUAAUUACGGUGAUGCACAAUAUCAGUGUAAAACAAAGAAUGUGUAUCUGUCUAGGCGUCAUAUUUGUAUGCAUUUAUCCAUACAUUUCUGUUGUAUUUUUGCAAGUAAUAAAAGAAAGCCAAUCGAGUA